AUGGAGGGGCAACAGUGUAAGAUUUGUUUCAAGAGCUUCUCUAAUGGCAAAGCUUUGGGGGGUCACAUGAGGUCCCAUUAUGCCACCCUGCCACUUCCACCCAAGACGCCGCAGAGACGAGAACUCGGAGGCGACACUGAGUCAACUACUUUUUCACUGUUUUCAGUACUCGAAGAUGUGGAUGAGAAAUUACCGAAGAGCUUGAGGGUCGUAGAUCCAGAAUUCCUUGAUGAUGCAGGCUCGGUUGUUAUUCAAGGCAACGUAACUGAGCCCGAGUCAACCAGGAAGAGAUAUCCAGGUCGGAGAAGUUCUAAGGAAGUGAUCAAGAAGAGAAAUACUGGGUCAUCAACCGAGUCAUUGGCAGAGUUAGAAAUGGUGAUCAGACGCAGUUGUGUUUCUGAAGAAGAAGAGGGUGCUUGGUCUCUGAUUAUGCUUUCGAGAGAUGGUUGGAGUUCAAAUGACUCGGUUGAGUCGAGAAUGUGCCAACUCAGUGAGAAAAAGUAUCAAUGUGAGACUUGUGAGAAAGUAUUCAAAUCAUCUCAAGGAUUGGGUAGUCACAGAACGAGUCACAAGACGAGAUGA